GCGUGCCUAUGUGUAUAUAUACGUAUGAGUAGCCAGCAAAGCUGUCAACUAGUCCCAAACUAGCUCAAGCAUAAGUAGAACUUCAACUAUUUGUAUCAAUCACUUGUUUCACAAGUUUUUUUCCACAUAUAAUCCUCACCCCCGACACCCUCUUAUUAACUCUAUUCAAAUACCAAACUUUAGCACGAAUGCUAGGAAAGUGAAAAAAAGUGGCAGAAAAUGGAAGCUGUGAAGUUGGUGACUAGUGAUCCAAGUGAGAGAAGAGACACUUACCGAGUUGCUUACAUAAUUCAUUUCUUGCUUGGUGCUGGCAACUUGCUUCCUUGGAAUGCUUUGAUCACAGCAGUUGAUUACUUUGCUUACCUUUACCCAACCAAACACAUAGAAAAGGUGUUCUCUGUGGCUUAUAUGAUAUCGUCUGUGAUGGUGCUUCUUGUGAUGAUGAGUUGGGGAAGUUGGAGCAAAACAACAUUGAGGUUGAGAAUGAACUUGGGGUUCUCCAUGUUUGUUAUGUCUCUCAUGGUAGCCCCAGUCAUAGAUUGGACCUCCAGCAACACAAAGCUAAAAGAGAGGCCCAGUGGCGCAUAUGGCAUGACUGUUGCAGCAGUUGUGAUAUGUGGUUUAGCAGAUGGAUUAGUAGGUGGAAGCUUGAUAGGAUCAGCUGGGAAGCUUCCAAAACAGUAUAUGCAAGCCGUUUUUGCUGGAACCGCUUCCUCAGGUAUUCUAAUUUCGAUUCUAAGGAUAAUAACCAAGGCAUCACUCCCACAAACUCCAAAGGGCCUUAAAAUAAGUGCUCACUUGUACUUCAUGGUUGCCACAAUUUUCCUCCUAUGUUGCAUUAUCUUUAGCAACUUGCAGCACAAGUUACCAGUCAUGCAGCAGUAUCAUCAGAGGCUUCAUCAGGAGAGCACCUUAUGCACAGGGACAAAAUUUUGGGCUGUGGCUGGAAAAAUAAAGGGGCCAGCUUUUGGAAUUUUCAUAAUCUAUAUAGUGACUCUGUCUAUUUUUCCAGGAUUUAUUGCGGAAGAUCUUGAAUCUAAGCUUCUUAAGGAUUGGUAUCCUAUUUUGCUGAUAACAGUUUAUAAUUUGGCUGAUCUGAUAGGGAAAUCAUUAACUGCUUUCUAUGUUCCACAAUCUAUCACAAGGGCAAUAUGGGCUGCCACAGCCAGGCUACUAUUCUAUCCACUUUUUGUAGUUUCUCUUCAUGGGCCCAAGUGGCUGAAAACAGAACUACCCGUGGUGGUUCUGACAUUUCUUCUUGGAUUUUCCAAUGGGUACCUCACCAGUGUCCUUAUGAUUCUAGCACCCAAGUCAGUGCCCUAUUCAGAAUCAGAGUUAUCUGCUAUAGUGAUGACAGGGUUCCUUGGCUUUGGCUUGGUUGGUGGUUCAGUUCUUGGCUGGUUCUGGAUCUUGUGAUGGCAUAGUUCCUCUGUGUAAUAAAACGAGCGAAAGACAGUAGCAUUCAUUGUAAAUCGUUAGCCAAGAAAGCCACAGCUCCGUUGCCCCAACUAGGUUGUUUCUUAUUUGUUCUCAAGUGUUGUCAGCACCAGAUCUUACCAUGCCAGAAUAUGAGAAACGUGGAUAUUAUUAGGAAACUUAUAGGUCUGUUUGGUUUCAAAAAGUAUUUUUAAAACGAGAACUGUAAGAAUCUGCAAACUGAAUGAAAAAUUUUAAGGUCCGUUUGGUU